AGCUUAUCACUUGAGUCACCUGCGAAAGAAGAGAAAAAAACUGCAACGUGGUGGUGCUGAAUUUCUCUUUUUUUCCGUUGUUGGACAGAAAUUGUGACACUUCGAAGUUUCAAAAAGCCUUUUGUUGUUGUUGUUGAGCGCUGCCAUAAUGAUUCACUUGUACGCCUCGGAGACUGCCGCCGCCGCCUCUCUUGCGCUCUUCGUCAUCCUUUUCGGCCUUCUUUGGGUCUUUCGCGUGGGCUGGUUGCGAGAGGCGAACGCAGUCGACGUGCUUGUGCUCAUUCUGAGCUGCGCCUUUGGCUGCCGUGUGACGGCGAAGGGGAAAACGUGCCAAUGGCCGAAGAAUGUCGAUUUCACUGGGCGCGUGGCGCUCGUGGUGGGCGCGAGUUCCGGCGUCGGCUUCAGCACAGCAGAGCAGCUGGCCGAGCACGGGUGGACCGUCAUUCUCGCCGCCCGCAACACGGAGCGCUUGAUGUACGCGAAGAAGUGCAUUGAGCGACACGUGCAGCGGCGCGGCUCCAAUGGGGUUGUAAAGGUGCUUGGCACGGUGGAUCUGCGCUCCGACGCGUCGAUUCGCGCCUAUGUCCAGAAUCUGACCGCGGUGAAGGACAAGCUGUCGGUGGGUCUGCUGGUCAUGGCCGCGGGUGCGCUGCACCGACACUUAACGUUUGUGGGCGAGGCGGCGGACCUCAAAGCGGGUGCUGCCUCCAUCUCAUCGUCGCCUCCGGAGUGGCGCAGUCUGGAGUGCACUGUGGCCUCGAACGCUGUCGGGCCUUUUCUGUUUACGCAGCUGAUGCUUCCACUGCUGGACGAGACGGCGGAGAACUCUUCGGUGACAUCGCGCAUCGUGAACGUCGCCUCCAGCUGCCACACUUUUCUGGGGCCGGGCCGACCGUCCACCUUCGACCCCAUUUCGAUGCUUCACGGGCUGGACAAGCGCGGGGCUGAGGUAAUUGCCGGCCGUCGCGACCCCGCUGCGGCGGAGGGCGGUGGCGGUACGCAAGACAAGGUAAGCGAUUUGUACUACGCCAAGGACUUCAGCUUUGCUAACUUUGUGGGGUAUUACGGACUUUCGAAACUGUGUGUCAUGUGGAAUACUCGCCUGCUGGCCCACCAGGUGGCGUUGAUGCGCUUUUCGAAAGAGACAGGUCUCAUCACGCCAAAGAUGCGCAAGUCGGAAGAAGACAAGGAGAAGGCGUCGCGAUCGGCGACCACUACGGCAAGGACUACCGGCAAUAACACCGCAUUAACCCCGCAGGAAAACGGACGGCAUAACCAGCUAAAGAUUUUUGUGGCAUGCACGCAUCCCGGCAUCAGCGCCACGUACCUCUAUCGCGAGCUGUUUUCCCCUCGGGUGCUGGACUUUGUACUCUACUACCCUUCGCUGGUGAUUUUCAAGACGUGGUUCGAGUCGGCGCAGUCGACGCUGAAGGCGGCGGUGGAGGACACGGACAUGGUGCAAGGCGGUUACUACCUCUGCGGCGGGGAGUAUGGGCCGGAGAGCGGGGUGAACUGCGUGUCCGCCCACGCGCAAAAUCCGACGCACCUGCAAGCCUAUCGAGAGUGGCUGAUGGGCAAAGUGGCACCUUCCAUGAAGACCACGGAAAAGAAGGAGGAGUAG